CUGCAGCACUCUUCAAGGCCUUCUGCUGUGUAAUAAGUUGCAAAUCAAACAUGCAGUUACAGAAGCUGAAAUUCAGAAGCUGAAGACUAAGCUGCAGGCUGCCGAGAAUGAGAAGGUGAGGUGGGAAUUGGAGAAGACCCAACUCCAGCAGAACAUUGAGGAGAAUAAGGAAAGGAUGAUGAAAUUAGAGAGUUACUGGAUUGAGGCACAAACCCUGUGUCACACGGUGAAUGAGCACCUCAAGGAGACGCAAAGCCAGUAUCAGGCUCUGGAGAAGAAAUAUAACAAGGCAAAGAAAUUAAUCAAGGAUUUUCAGCAAAAAGAACUUGAUUUCAUCAAACGCCAGGAAGCUGAACGGAAGAAAAUUGAAGAUCUGGAGAAAGCACACCUUGCAGAGGUUCAGGGCUUACAGGCUCGUAUACGAGACUUGGAAGCAGAAGUUUUCAGGCUAAUGAAGCAAAAUGGGAGCCAGGUUAACAAUAACAACAACAUUUUUGAAAGGCAGACAUCGUUUGGAGAAGUUUCUAGAGGAGAUCCAGUGGAAAACCUAGAUACUAAGCAAGUGUCCUGCCUGGAUGGCUUAAGUCAAGAUUUCAACGAAGCGGUGCCAGAAACGGAGAGACUGGACUCCAAAGCUCUGAAGACCCGAGCUCAGCUUUCGGUGAAGAACAAGCGGCAGAGACCUUCUAGGACCAGGCUGUACGACAGCAUCAGUUCCACGGACGGAGAGGACAGCCUGGAACGGAAG